UAUCUAUUAUUGUAUUUCGGGUAUAGUGUAAAACCAAUUUUUAAUUCUCCUUUUUUCUUCUCAAAUUUCUUGGGAGAGUUAGAAAAAAGACAUGUGAAGAAGGAUAUCAGUAAUAAUUCAAUCAUCAUAGAAAAGGUAAAGGAAUUCAACAUAUUCCUUUCCAAUACUCAAGAACAACUAGGAGGUUUUUUGGAGAAGAAGUAAUACUGGAAGUAACCACGGAGAAAGGUAAGAGGAAGCGGAUAAAAGAGAUGACAUGGUUUAAUGGCUGUGAGGAUGAACGAGCUAUCCAGACAAGCUCAAUAUGUGACAAUACUACUACUACAGCACCACCGCCCGAAGCAGUACUAGUAGCUGUAAGCGAAGAGAAAUCUGAAAAGAGAGAUCAAGGGAAAACUUGCCCAUCAUGCGGUUAUCAGAUACAAUACCAAGAACAGGCGGGAAUUAAUGAUUUGCCGGGGUUACCAGCUGGUGUUAAGUUUGAUCCGACAGACCAAGAGAUUUUGGAGCAUUUGGAAGGGAAAGUACGAACUGAUAUUCAUAAGCUUCACCCUCUCAUCGAUGAAUUCAUUCCUACACUUGAAGGAGAGAAUGGAAUUUGCUAUACUCAUCCUGAGAAGCUACCAGGAGUGCGCAAAGACGGGCUGAUUCGUCAUUUUUUUCAUCGGCCAUCCAAGGCUUACACAACUGGUACUAGGAAACGGAGGAAGGUUCACACAGAUGAAGAUGGAAGCGAGACUCGAUGGCACAAAACUGGCAAAACUAGAGCAGUUUUAGGUGAUGGGAAGGUGUUAGGGUACAAGAAAAUACUUGUGCUAUACGCUAAUUAUGGCAAACUCAAGAAACCUGAGAAGACAAACUGGGUUAUGCACCAAUACCAUCUUGGCAAUAAUGAAGAAGAAAAAGAUGGAGAAUUGGUCGUAUCAAAAGUGUUUUAUCAAACACAGCCAAGACAAUCUAAUAAUUCAUCGACCGAGCUCAUCAAAGAUGCGGUUCCAAUUAAUAAGAAAGGUAUUGCUCCUCCUAAUCUCAAGAAUAUGAUGAACACUGGCAGUGUUGAAUUCUAUAAUCAAUCAUCACUAGUCUCUUAUGAUAAAGAAAUCGGCAUCGGCAGAAUCGGUCCAUUACCUUUACAACCACCUCGUUUUAUACCGAAUUUCAUUGUUCGCUCCCCCGAUGGGUCUCAGUUUCAUCAGUAAGAGUCAAGCUCUGGAAAGUGUGCAUAUGCUUUUGAUGAGGGUGAUAUAUGGAAUUACUACUAUUGGACACUUAGGCAAACAGAAGUAGGCAACGGUAAAGAAGAAAAGAUGAAGAAAGAGUCGAUCAUGGAUGGUAACAAUUGUAGGUAUUUGUUCUAUCAAUGAUGAAAUAAUUUAGUUAUUGUGGCAUUUUUAUUAGAAGUCCAAAAAUAAAGGGAAUACAUUCAUGUUCUGUAGAGAAAAAGAUGAAAAAUGGAACAGUAAUUCUUUUUAAAAUAUUUUUACUUGC